UUACACUAGACUCCUAUCAGAAAAGGGGGUGGGGGAUAGAGAAAUCCGAACGGUCCAGGAAAAAGUAGAGAGCAUGGUGCAGCUCAUUGAAGAGAUGGACGAGGUCGUCCGAGGUAAACAAGAAGAAAAGCAAGACCUCGAGUCGAUGAGCAAAACGGUUCUUAACAUCUCCCAAGUCAACAAGGAGAUUGGGGAAGCUGAUGCUCAAGUUGAGAGAAUCAUAUCUCAGCAACAAUCAAGCGGCACAGUCCGAAGCACACAAGAGAUCCACGAACUCCAGGACAGAUGUACUGAGCAGAUGAAAGCAAUCAAGAAUGGCAUUUCCAAAUUGUCGAGUGAGAGGCAACGCUUGCGAGACUUGAUAAAUUCGUUAGAGCUAGAGCGAAGUCGAUUAAGUAACAGUAUUAGUAACGCUGCUCGGCAACUUGAGAGGAAGAAAAGCUUCCAAGACCAAAUCCAGGCUCAGAAGGACGACAUGAGCAAGCAGAAAGAAGCGAUCCAGGAAGCGGACAGGGAAUUGGGGUUAGUUGAGCCAGAGAUCGCUAAAGCGAAAGCUAUCAGAGAAGAUACUCUACAGCGAGGACGUGCCAAAGAAAAGAAGGCUGCCGAAGAGCGAGAUGGGCUUGCAGCUUCGGUGAAUGAGCUGAAGUUAAUCAACAACGAUAUACAGGCAUAUCUGGAUCGCGGUGGACCGUCACUGCUCGCCGCCAACGAGCGAGCGAUCCAGUCCCUGGAUACAGCCAUCAAAAAUAUCGAAAAAGAUAUGAAUGACCUAACUGCGCGUACCAACAAGAUCAAAGAAGAAAUUGACAAUAGCGAAGGGAGAAAGAAGAAUAUCAUGGAUAAUCUGACCUACCGCAAGACUCUCCGAGAAGUGAAUCAGUUCAAGCGAGAGAUUGAGGAGCUCGAGUCUCGUAAUGCAAACGAAGAUUACGAACGACUUGAUCACGAAGCAAAAGAAUGGGAAUCGCGUCGACAUAGACUGAAUGCAGAGAAGGGUGUUAUGAUGGGUACGAUGAGAACAAAGGACAACACACUCGCACGCCUCCUUGUCGAGUGGGAGACCGACUAUGAAGAUGCAGCUAGGAAGUAUCGCGAGACACACAUCAAAGUCGAGACCACUAAGGCAGCGAUUGAGGACCUAGGAAAGUAUGGCACAGCACUCAGCAAUGCCAUCAUGCGAUAUCAUGCCCUCAAAAUGGAAGAAGUGAAUCGGAUCGCAGGAGAGCUAUGGCAGGGAACAUACCAGGGCACAGACAUCGAUACAAUCCUAAUCAAGUCAGAUACUGAGGUGUCGGGGCGCAGUACAUACAACUACCGCGUGUGCAUGGUGAAGCAAGACACAGAGAUGGACAUGCGCGGCCGGUGCUCAGCCGGACAAAAAGUGCUGGCCAGUAUCAUCAUCCGGCUGGCCCUCGCCGAGUCGUUUGGCGUCGGGUGCGGGCUCAUCGCCCUCGACGAGCCCACCACAAAUCUUGACCGCGACAACAUCCGGUCGCUAGCCGAAAGUCUCCACUCCAUUAUCAACGCCCGCAAGGCCCAAGCCAAUUUCCAACUCAUCGUCAUCACCCACGACGAGGAGUUCCUGCGUCAUAUGCGCUGCUCAGAUUUCUGCGACCAUUUCUACCGUGUCAAGAGAAAUGACCGCCAAACUAGCAUUAUCGAGCGCGAGAAUAUAUCGACGGUUGUUUAAAUGAGGGUGGGAAGUGCUGGUUAUUUGUAGUUUAAAGAGGUAUUCUCCGAUACCUUGGUCUGAGAGGAAUAUAUGUGGUGUACAGUGAUAGGUACUAGGUAGGCGCCCUACUAUACCUAUUUUUGCUUCACUUCCAAGGUUUGCUUCAACUCAAAGGCUCUACAUAUAGGGGUUUCUCCCCCUGCUGCCUUUGCUGGAGUUAUUCGAGGAAAAAUGGAAAGUGAUGGAUCUUAGAAUGGGCUCGACGAAUGGAUGCUGAUGUAAUAACUCUGUACGAAGUAAGCCGCGGUACUUGGCUGGGACUUGUUAUGAGCUCCUCUGCAGGUAGGUAGGUUGUAGGUGUGCAUCUACUGCUCAAUCUGCAUACACUCACUCAGGGGAAAUGAUAUAUAGGUACCUAGGUUCACAUAAUGAUCAUGAUGAGGUAUAAAUAUAUACCUACCUACCUAG